UCGAGGACGCGCGAGUCGGGUGAUUGAAGACACGGCGAGAAGGGGAUCGAGGAUACGCGAGAAGGGGAUCGAGGACGCGAGCCGCAGGAGAAUCGAGUCGGAUGCGCGCCGGAGAAGAAUAGGCGGAUGCGCGCCUGAGGAGAAUCGAGUCGGAUGCGCACCGGAGGAGAACGGAGUCGGAUGCGCGCCGGAGUAGAAUCGAGUCGACUCCGAUCGCGGGAGGAUCGAGUCGACCCCGACCUCGGACGCGCGUGCGAUACCCAGAGCGAUGCGCGAGAUGUAUAAAGCGAUACACGAGAUGGAUAGAAACAUACACGCGAUGUACAGAACAAUACACGAGAUGUACGGAGCGAUACACGAGAUGCACAGAGCAUUACGCGCCCGAUGUAUAAAGCGAUACGCGAAUUGUAUGGAGCGAUACGCGCGAUGUAUAGAGCGUUACCCGACAUGUAUAGAGCGAUACGCGUGAGCACCCCCCUCUCCCACCCCUCACCCUCUUUCAUCACUCUUCCACCACCACCCUCUUUCACCACUCUUCCACCACCUCGCUCUCCCGCGCUCUCAUCCACUUAUUCGCCCUCUCAUCCACUCCCUCGCUCGCUCCCCACCCCCUCAUCCACCACCACCCUCUUCCUCGUUCCACUCAUACUCCCUUCCUCGCUCCACUCUCCCCCCUUCCCCGCCUCCACCACCCUCUUCCUCGCUCCACUCAUACUCCCUUCCCCCAGCGCCGCGCCCUCGCGUCGCGUCGACCCGCCCACCCCGUCGAUCCCCUCCCCGCCUCAUAUCGCGACGAGUCGCGACGAAGAGGGAUCUCCUCACCGCGCCCCGCCUUGCCGCGCCUCGCCUCGAGUCGAGUCGGACGCGAAGAAGAGAGCGCACGACGCUCGAACCGAGUCAAAGAGGGGUCGAAGAGACGUCCGAAACGAUGCUCGCGUCGAGCCGCGAAUAGAAGAGGGAUCGGCACAGGCACCCCACCGAGUCGUCCACCGCACCCCGCUACGACGCGGAGGAGGGAUCCCCCCACCUCGACGAGUCGAGUCGGAUCGCUCCACCUCGCCGUCACCUCUCGCGGCCUCUUCUUCCCCCACUCCCUCGCCCCCCCACCCCCCCUCGCGUCGCGUCGACCCCCACCCCGCGUCGAGUCUCUACCUCUCUCUCGGGGGAGUACGGACAGAUCGGGGAAAAACAGACGGAUCGUGGCAGAAACUCACCCUCCGGCGCUCACUCUCCCCCUCCUUCACCUCUCCUUUUCCUGGCUACCCGCCUCUCCCUCCCUCCUUCACCUCCCCUUUUCCUCCCUCCUGCCUUCGGCUCGGCUGACCACAUUCCUCUUCCUGGCUGUCCACGCUCCUCGUCUGACCACACUCCUCGGCUGCUCGCACCGUUUCGCGUCGGAGGCGCGCGCGUGUCAGGCUUGGA